AUGUCCCACAGGCAGCAGCAUGAGCAAGGCCUCAAGGCCCUAAAAGAGAAGGAGGGCCAGGUCUGGGAGAUGGAUCCUGUAGCUAAGCAUGUGGGCAACCCAGAGGAGCGACCUGCUGCUGUGGCCUACCUAUACUCCAAGUUCUUGCUCAACAGUCAGAUACGGAAGAAGACGACAGAUUUGGUGAAGUUUCUGAGUUUCAAGUAUACAAGAAAUGAGCCUGUCACAGAAGCAGACAUUUUGAAGAACGUUGUCCAAGAGUACAAAGACUACUAUUCGUUGAUCUUCAAGCAUGCCUGUGAAUGCAUGGAAGUGGUUUUUGGCAUUGAAAUAAAGGAAGUGGAUGCUUUCAACCACUCCUAUGAGCUCCUUAAAAUACUUGACCUCACCUACGAUGGGCGGCUGAGCGAAGACGAGGGCAUACCCAGGACAGGCCUCCUGGCGCUUAUCCUUGGUGUGAUCUUCAUGGAGGGCAACCGUGCCCCUGAGAAGAAGAUCUGGGAAGUGCUGAAUAUGGUUGGUGUGUAUCCUGACCAGCAUGAUUUCAUCUGCGGAAAUCCCAGAAAGUUCAUCACUGAAGAUUUGGUUUUAGAGAAGUACCUGGAAUGCAAGCUAGUAUCCAGAAGUUAUCCUCCAACCUAUGAGUUCCUGUGGGGCCCAAGAGCCCAUGCUGAAAGCAGCAAGAUGAAAGUCUUGCAGUUUUUCUCCAAGGUUGCUGGGAGUAACCCCACUUCCUUCACAGCUUUGUAUAAGGAAGCUCUAAAAGAUGAAGAGGAGAGAGCCCGGGCUAUACUUGCCUCCACCUCUAUUGCCAGCCCUUCUGCCCCGGACAAUUCAGGUUCUGGGGAAAAGCCCAGCAGUUUCUCCCACCCUAAGUAA